AUGACGCAGAUGACACAAGAAGAAAUCGUUGCCGCUGUUAAAACAGUAGCUCAGGGUUUGGAAGCCUUAAGAUCGGAACAUACAGGAAUUUUACAUAGCCUCCAUGAAGCCCCCGAUCCUGUAGUUAGCGAACGAGCUGGUUUGGUGCAACAGAGUGCUGAUAUGAUCGAAUUGGGUCUAGGUGAAGCACAGGUUAUAAUGGCUUUAGCAGCACACCUACAGUUAGUAGAAGCUGAAAAACAAAAGUUGCGUACACAAGUUAGAAGAUUGUGUCAAGAAAAUGCUUGGUUGCGUGACGAAUUAGCUUCUACCCAACAGAGACUACAGUCCAGCGAACAGAUGGUUGCUCAGUUAGAAGAAGAUAAACGACAUCUAGAGUUUAUGAGUUCCGUUAGUAAAUACGACCAAGAUGUUAAUGAAGAUAAUGCUUCAGAACAAUCAAAGAGUGAGAAACCUGAUCCAGUAGUUGAUCUAUUCCCAGAUGACGAUGCUGAUGACAGACAUAAUAUGUCUCCUACGCCUCCAAACCAGCUACAGCUUUCGCAACAAGUAAACGCUGGAUAUGAAAUUCCAGCACGUCUUAGAACCCUUCACAAUUUAGUCAUACAGUACGCUUCCCAAGGUCGUUAUGAGGGCAAAUACGAAGAAGUCGAAAAAUACUAUCAACGUGCAUUAGAAAUCUAUGAAAAGAGGUUAGGAGCAGAUGACCCGAACGUCAGCAAAACCAUGAACAACUUGGCUUCUUGUUAUUUGAAACAAGGCAAAUACAAGGAAGCCGAAGUUCUCUACAAGCAGAUCCUCAACAGGGCACACGAGAGAGAAUUUGGAACUAUUGACGGUGAAAACAAACCUAUUUGGCAAGUAGCUGAAGAGCGUGAAGAAAACAAGGCGAAAAACAAGGAAAACGUACCGUAUGGAGAAUACGGCGGAUGGCACAAAGCGGCGAAAGUAGACUCCCCCACUGUAACAACAACUCUUAAAAAUCUUGGCGCAUUAUAUAGACGUCAGGGUAAAUAUGAGGCUGCCGAAACUUUAGAAGAUUGUGCCUUGCGCAGUCGAAAAGAGGCUUUGGAUAUUGUAAAACAUUCUAGAAACCUUCUAACCGACGACAGACGAAAACCCGGCAGCGCUAAAGACAAGAACUCCCGUCGAGGAUCUCGAGAAUCCUUAGAUAUGACGUAUGACGGAGACGAGGUGAGUUCCAAUAAGUGUGUGUAA